GUCAGAGUGAUGUAACAGGAAGCUCUGAUGUUUCCCUUCUGCUGCUGAGCACAUACAAUGUGACAACACUUCCAAUCUAUUCAGAACAACCCUCUCCCUCCAGCAGAGUGUCACCUCCUGCCUUAGGAUCAUCAAGCUCUGCUAACUGGACCUCACUCUGCCUGCAGGAUCACAUAGCAAGGAUUUCACUCUUACCCAUCUUGCCUGGGAGUAAAUCUUUUCUUCGGAUUGCAGAAAAUCAAAUUCCAUCCUAAGAAUAUUUCACCAAGAAUUUCCUCAGGAACUGUGCUGGGUCAUGACCCUUGGAUUUAUGAAAUUCUUCAAGACAUUGUCAGAUAUGAUCCAAGAGAAAAUGUGAUUUGAGUCUGGAGACAAUUGUGCAUAUCAACUAUAAUAAAAACUCACUAUAGCUGAUAGAAGAGAAAACAUUAAUCAGAGGAUUGCUACAAUUAAAAAGAAAAACUGCUUCUAGUUUGAUUUAUAUUGUAUUCAUUUUGGCUUUAAUGAUGGAGAAAAAGUGUAUCCUGUAUUUUCUGUUUUUCUUGCUUUGUUUUAUGAAUUUUGUCAUAGCAAAAUCAGAAGAAAACCCUGAUAAAAUAAAUCAAUUGACAGUCACUAGAAAUAAAAUCAUGACGGCUCAGUAUGAAUGCUAUCAAAAAAUCAUGCAAGAUCCCAUUCAACAAAUAGAAGGAAUUUACUGCAACAGAACCUGGGAUGGAUGGCUGUGCUGGAAUGAUGUAGCUGCAGGGACUGAGUCAAUGCAGCACUGCCCUGAUUACUUCCAGGACUUUGAUCCUUCAGAAAAAGUCACAAAAAUCUGUGACCAAGAUGGAAACUGGUUUAGACACCCAGAAAGCAACAGAACGUGGACAAAUUAUACCCUGUGUAAUGUUAACAUACAUGAGAAAGUGAAGACGGCAUUGAACUUGUUUUACCUGACUAUAAUUGGACAUGGAUUAUCUAUUGCAUCACUGCUUAUCUCACUUGGCAUAUUCUUUUACUUCAAGAGCCUAAGUUGUCAAAGGAUUACCUUGCACAAAAACCUGUUCUUCUCUUUUGUUUGUAAUUCUAUUGUGACAAUCAUUCAUCUCACUGCAGUGGCCAACAACCAGGCUUUAGUGGCUACUAAUCCCGUUAGUUGUAAAGUAUCACAGUUCAUUCAUCUUUACCUGAUGGGCUGUAACUACUUUUGGAUGCUUUGUGAAGGCAUUUACCUGCACACACUCAUUGUGGUGGCUGUGUUUGCAGAGAAGCAACACCUGAAGUGGUAUUACUUUCUUGGAUGGGGAUUUCCACUGAUUCCUGCUUGCAUACAUGCUAUUGCUAGAUGUUUGUACUACAAUGACAACUGCUGGAUCAGUUCUGAUACCCACCUCCUCUACAUUAUCCAUGGCCCAAUUUGUGCAGCUCUAUUGGUGAAUCUUUUCUUCCUGCUAAAUAUUGUACGUGUUCUCAUCACCAAAUUAAAAGUUACUCACCAAGCAGAAUCCAAUCUCUACAUGAAAGCUGUAAGGGCUACACUUAUCCUGGUGCCAUUAUUGGGCAUUGAAUUUGUGCUUAUUCCUUGGCGACCUGAAGGAAGGAUUGCAGAGGAGGUAUAUGACUACAUCAUGCACAUCCUCAUGCACUAUCAGGGUCUUUUGGUUUCUACAAUUUUCUGCUUCUUUAAUGGAGAGGUUCAAGCAAUCCUGAGAAGAAACUGGAAUCAAUACAGAAUCCAAUUUGGAAACAGCUUUUCCCACUCAGAUGCUCUUCGCAGUGCAUCUUACACAGUGUCAACAAUCAGUGAUGGUACAGGUUAUAGUCAUGACUGUCCUAGUGAACACUUAAAUGGAAAAAGCAUCCAUGAUGUUGAAAAUGUAGUCUUAAAGCUAGAAAAGUUAUAUGAUUGAUAAAAGUGGGCACAUUGAUUAACUGUUUGCCACUCCUAACUCAAAGGCUUGAAUCCAUGACUUUACAGCCAGAAGACUUCAGUAUUAAAUGCAUUUCUUGAAUGAUACAAGGAAAACUCUCAGACAAACUCAUAUAGUAUUGACAAAUGUUUAACAGACAACUCUACAGGGGAAAAUAUCCAUUUGUAAUGUUUACCAGUUUCUCUGAUAUAAAUACUACUACCAUGGCUGAUUUCAAGUUACCAACUUGACAUCACCUAAUGAGGAAUUGAAAAAAGAUGAUCUCGAUCAAUACUUAUAGGUCAGUUUAAGCCACUUGCAGCCACAGCAUGAAUUCACAAAAUAAGACUGUAAAGAUUCAUAUACAUAUUAGGCAGGAUUCAACUCCUAAAGUUGCUCAAAGAGACCUAGCUAGACCUUCUGACUCAGAGGGAAAAUUAGCUUGACCUUUUUCCCCUCAGAAAGUACCCCAGUCCUUUUUGUAUUCACCCUUUCAAAUGGAUGAGAUAGAGAGAGAAUUAGUUUUGCUGGCUCAUUCUCUUCUCCCCAGGAAAAAAAAAAAAACUUAGUAGAAUGCCUAUUAACUACUCAUUUGCUGAUACAUCACAGUUAUAUCUGGUGUUAUAUCCAUUUUUGAGAUGAUGACUAGUUGUAUGAUAUGCAAUUCUACUUUAGUAUCAUUAGGGAGACAUCUUGGUUGAUACCCCAAACACCUUGUCAUCUAUUUUUCCAUCUUACUACACAAAUAGGUGGAAUCAGUUUCCCUAUAUCUGUAAAUAGAACCUUUGUCCCUUCCAUUUCUACUGUGUAGACAAAUUAGCAAUUAUUUUACAUGAAGGAAAUCAAUGAAGGAUUUCUUAUUUUCUUGGAAGCUUGUAAAAAAGUGUUGUGAAAAAUGAGCUUGUAAAUAUGUUAUUCUAUUUUAUAGUCUCAAAUCCAUGCGAUCUAGGUAAGCUUUUUAAAAAAAAAAAACAAAUACACAAUGUCACGAUGUAUGCACGUUAAUAUCUGAUACUGUGUCUGGGCAGAUUUUAUAACAAAAUAGAGUCUGGAAUUCUAUAUUUGGUAAAUAUUUUAAAGACAACCAGAUGCCAGCAUCAGAAACUUGAGAAAUAAGAGAACAGAAAUAUCUAUGAUGAGAAAUGAAAUAUUUAUUUAAAAACUCAAGGCCAUUAUUUUAUUGAAUAUAUUAGCUUAGGUGACUCAUACCUUAAUAAUAGGUAGGUUUGACAAUGAACUUGUAUUCUAAUUCAGAAAAUUUAAAUGACUCCUACUGUAAUAAAUGCCAAUACACUACUCACAUAGUUUUUACCUAAUUAAAAACACUACUUUUCCGACACAUAUGAAGAUACAUGAUUUUGGAAAUGUUCCAGCUUAUUUUUAAAAAUUAGAGGAAUACUAUAUAUCAUAUACAAUGCUUUAAUAUUUUAAUAAAUCUACUGUAUGUGAUAAUACAAAUCAGAGAGACUUGAAUAUAUCAUUAAGGAUGUCAGAAUGGUUAUCAAAUAUAUUAAGAUGGAAGAAAUUCCGAAGAUAAAUUGACUUUGAAAUGGGAUUACAUUUCCUUAAUAAUCGUUUCUACUGGAAUUUUUGAAAAAAUAAAAGUGUUUUUAAUUAGUAAAUUUUGGGAGACAAAUUAUGUAUUUGUGUUCUUACAGUAGGUCAAUCUACUUAUAAUGGAUUAAACUAAUGACUUAGUCAUUAUAGGUUGUUUCUAGUCAAAGAGGAUGAGAAAUUAAGUCAUUUGAAAUUGUCCAGGAAAAUUAUGUAAGUUAGUAGGAAUUAACAUAUUAAAUGGCUUGGUCAAUACAUUUAUAUUUUAUAAUUUAUAUAUCUACUUGUAAAGUUUUUUUAAGUUGGUUUAAAAUUUAUGGAUUUCAUAGCAAAUGGUCAUACCAAGGAACACAGGCUGUUCUGGACUUUCUAAUAUCUAAAUUAUACAAAAAUUCCUUUAAAUACACUCACCUCACCUUUUACUUAUUUAUUAUUCAAAGACACAAAUUCAAAUCUUUUGCUGACAUUCACAUAUUUCAGAAUUUUCCAGGCAACUGUCAAGUCUUAACCACAUAUUUCAUAGACAAUGUUGAAUAACAGCUAGCAUGGUAUUAAAAUUAUAUUUUCAUUUUCAGGUGAAUUUUUAUGUGCUUUUGUUAAGUUUUGAACAGAUUUUCUUUAUGACCAGAAAUCAUCUAUUGUACAGUCUUCGGUGUAUUAGCCUAUAUAUAAUUGGUGUUAGUUUUUUGGUAUCUAAAACCUGAUUUUAGAAAACUCUACCUUUUAAAAUGUAGUUUUGCUAAUUUUCUGCAAAUACUUGUGAAAAUUCCAUUUUAAUUUUUAAAAGAUAUGAAUCUGCUAUGUUAUUAUCCAUUUAUUUAGGCAAUAAAUAUCCAUCAGGAAUUUAGAUUUUGUUCAAAUGUAAUUCAAUGUGCAUAGACUUUGUGGCAGCUAUAGUGCUGUAUUUAUUGCUUAACAAUUUUGUAAAAUGUGAACUUAUUUUAAUUUUCUCUUGUUUUAAUUUGCUCAUAGAAGCCACCACUUCUUUUAUCUGAAAAACAUACAUUAGAUGUUCUGAGCAUUAAAACAACUCAUGUUAUGCCUAGUUCAUGUAUUUCCCUAUUUUUUGGCAGUAUGAAAACAUUAAAGUUAUGAGUUAAAUUUGAUUUUUCACUCAUAUUUGCUAAAGUUCUGAAUAAUGUAACAAAAGCAUAGUGCUUUACAGCAGUCAGUAAAACAAUUCUCAGAAUCAAUGACUUUAUUACCUUCUUUAAAGACUUCAAUAAACUAUUAAAUCAUUCCACAAAUCAACAUUUUAAAUUUAUGAAUUUGUUUUUUAAGCUAAAAAAUUACAAAUAUAAGCUUCUUCCUAAACUGAAAGGGAAGGGUAAACAGAACAGCAAAAUGUGUGGGGAUGUGUCUCCUUUCUCCUAUUGUGUGAUUUGUAUUGAAGAGCAGAAAGAAAAAAAGAAAAGAAAUAUUUGAAGAUAAUUUUAAAAGAGGGCAUAAUUAUGACUCACACAAAUAUUAAAUGAAAACAUGUUGAAGAUUUUUUUCAAUUCAUUCAUUAGUGAGAGAACCAGAAUAUGUCACAACCAUUCAAAGGAGAAUUCAAAAUAUAAUUUGGAUGAAUUUAAGAAAUGCCAAAAUGAACUUAUAAAGAGAUAUAAAAUAGCUCUAUCUUUAGGGCAGUAAUCAGUUGCAUUCCACUAAAUAAUUUUUAUUUCAAUAAUCAAGAAUAAGGAAACUUAUCAGUUUAUAGAAUUGUAAAAAUCUCAAAAUAAGGAAAGGUUUAAAAACCAGAAGGGUGCACUAGAAAGGACACUGUAAUAACUUGUAUGUCUUAUGUAUAAAAAGAGAAAAAAUAUAUGGUAUACACAGGUGUACAUGCACAAAUAUGUGUGAUCUAAUACAUUUAAUUUUUAUAUGACAAUGGGAGCGAUAAAUGGUUUGAGUUGUUUAUAUUCCUUCUUUGAAUGUUCGGUGAAACUCAGCAGUGAAAGCAUCUGGACCUGACGGAUAUGAGUAAUUUUAUUACUGAUUCAAUUUCUUCAAUUAGUACUUAUCUACAUUUAUUUGCUUUGAGCAGUUUUAGUAGUUUGCAUUUUCCCAGGAACAUGUUCAUUUUAUCUAAUUUGUUAACCAUUCAGUACUGAAUAAUCACUAAGGUCAUACACUUAACUUUUGCCUGGAGAUUUUAUAGGAAUCUAGAAUUGCAUUUUUAAAAGCCUGUGUUUUUUGCCAACUUGAGACACAAAUCAGAUCCCAGAGAAGGUCUCUGCCAGAUUUCACCAGCUCUGUCUAUAAAUUUGGGUGAAUUACUCUUUUUUCAAUUUACCUAACAUCUGAGGCGAUUGCUGACAUGUAAGGAACUGGCUCUCUUUACUAUCCAUAAGCUUGGGUGGACCUAUACCAUAAGAACAGUCAAACUCUCUUCCCUCAAGAGACCAUUAUUUGUGUGUGGCAAAUAUGUAAAUUUACUGUGGUUAGUUUAUUAGUGAUAACUUUCAAAAAUGAAAAUUCAUAAGAAUAAUACAACUGGAAAGAAAAUGUUAUGUCUGUGGCAAGAAAAACAAAGGUAAUAAAGUCAUU